AUGGCCGCCGACAAGGUGAUCCCCAUCUCGGCCUCUCCGAGCAGAACCCCGAGCAGCACCCCCGGUACCACUAUUGCCAGCACCACUGCUGCCGAGACGAUGACCAGGCCCAUCCGUGUGAGCUUGGGCCGAAGCAUGAUUGCCUUGGGAACUGGGCCAGGUGGGCUUCCUGCUGGGGAGGCCGUGAUGCAGGACGGGGAGAUUUGGUCUAUCGAGCAACUGUGCCUCGCUAUCGACGACCUUCAGGAUCAUUAG